AUGUCGUCCCGAAGCGGUUCCGAUGAGAAAAAGGCGAAGCGGCAGCCGAAGCAGCAGGAGCAGACCUACCAGUCCGAGGGCGAGGAGUCAGAGGAGUACGAGCCCCAGCCCCCGCCACGGAGGAGACGCAACCAGCGCCAGCAGAAAAGCGGCGGCGGCCCGCUCGACAACCUCGCACUCGACAAUGUUCAGAACACAGCUGGCGGUCUUGUGAACUCAGCAACAGGCGCCCUUGGCGGUGUAGCCGGGAAUGCGGUCCAGAACCAAAAGGGGGGUGACGGCGGCGGCAAGAGCGACACCCUGAGGCUCAGGCUAGACCUUAACCUCGACAUCGAGAUUACACUCAAGGCCAAGAUCCAUGGUGAUCUUGAGCUUGCUCUCUUUCUUUAG